UUGGAUAACAACGCGCUAACAUUUUUGUUAGCGCGUUCUAAAUACGGACCUAUGCGUUUUAUCCAGUUCUAUCACGUUCUAUGCGCAUUUCAGAACGUACGCUCGAUGGAGAGGGAAUAAAAUGCCAGGUUUUUUGUUUAUAUUUAUUUCGUUUUAAAUGCAAAAACUUUUGAAACUUUUAAGCGAUACGAAUAGAUCUAUUACAUUUUGAGAAAUUUCAACAAGUAUAUGAUUAUAUUGACAUGGCCACGCCAGUGUUAACGAAGAAUCAGGAGAGGCACAGCUUGUCAGCCAAAAAGAAGGGUCCUGCCAAGUUUAAAAAUGUUUUGGCACAACCUUAUCCAAAUUUCUGGCCUGUCAUCAGUGUAGCUAAAUAUCCGGAGUUGGUGACAACAUUGAAUAUGAUAUUGCCAUCAAUCAAACGAUUCAAUACCAGAAUUUCUAAAGAUGUGCAAAAAGACUUAAAAACUAUGACAAAAAAAGAGCGUUUCUUGGCUAAGAAAAAAAUAUAUGAACAGGCACCUCCAAAGCCAGAUGUUCUGAAAUUUAUGAUAAUAGGUAUCAAUGAAGUCACUCGAGCCUUAGAGAAGAAUAACGUAUGUUGUGUUUUAAUAGAUGCUAAUGUUGAACCACCUUUGUUAAUAAAACAUAUUAUCACUAUGGCAGUGAACAAGAAAAUACCUAUUCUUCUGCUACCUAUUCUGAAAGCAGUUACGUUAGAAAAGCUGAAAUUUCCUGCAACAGUUCUUGGUCUAAAGCAAGAGAUAAUGAAGUGUCCAGAUAGCGUUUGCCAUUCAUUAUAUAAAUCAAUAGCAGAGGCUUUUAAAGAUUUUGAAGUACCUGAAUGUAUGUUGCAACAUUGUAAACUCGAAAUACCUGAUAAAAUGCCUGAUGAAAGCACAGAGUGUGAAAUGAAAAUCGUAGGCAUGGAUUCUGACACAAAGUCAAAUAUUCCUAGGUCAGAAAAACCUGUUGUAAUAUUUACAGACGUGUAUAAAUAUAGGUCUUCAGGAGACGAAAGAGCUUUUAUACCACCAACAUUCAAUCAAAAUUCUCAAAUUUCGCAAACAUUGAAUGAAUUUAUCGCUUUAGGCAGCGAUCUGGAUUUUACUAAUGAUAAAAAUUAUGCAAGUAUAUCGAAAACUGAGAGAUAUACAAAUAUCGUCAAGGAAGAAAUACAUGAAAGAACAAAAAUUGAAAAUACAGAAACAUAUCGGUCUUGUGAUAAACAGUUAAUCAAUGAUAAUACAAAUUCAACAAAACAGACAAAUACAUUAAAAAGAAAGAAAGAUGACGGACCUAACUAUUUAUCAUUAAAAAUAAAACGUAUAAUACCAAAUAAGACACGAUAUAAAGCAACUAAAUUUAAAAAAAAGUAGAAGUUUUCGACAGUUUGGUGGAUUACAGCGCGUAAUUAUCCAUCGAGCAAAAGAUCUGGGUAUGAUUUUAAUAUUUCGUGUAUGCAGAAAUUUCGAGUAGAAAAAUCUUUUAAUAUGUGGAGACAAGGAGGAAAAAUGUAAAUCCCUAGAUGAUCGGAACAUUCUCGUAAAGAACAUGAGACCAGUUGUACCUCCUGGUAUGUGACUUAUUAGAAAGGAUAACAUAGCUAUUAACUGGAAAAUAGAGCACAAUACUGUCAAAGGAGUCGACUGCAAAUGCAGAGCAGAAUAGAGCGUGCCUAUUAAUGUUGCAAAGUACAACAUGGUAAAGUAUUUCUUCUCAGCUAGAAAUAAUGACUUCAUAUAACUUGAUCCCCAUAAAAAGUAAAAGCUGCAAGAAAUCUUUUUGUUAGAAAAAUGUAGUUAAAAAUUCUUCUCAUGCUACUUCUUAAAUAUAUACAUAUGUACCUCAUCAAAAAGAAGAGACUUCCUAAGGAAUAAAGCAUAGCAAAUUUUCUUGCUUUAAGUAAUAAAACGGGAAAAUACAUUGCUGAUAGACAGAAGCAUAAUAGUCCCAGAAGAAAACACACAGCAAAGGAUAUGAGUCUAUGUGUUCUCGUCUAUUGGAAUAAAAAUAUAUUUCAUGUGAAAAUUUAUUGAUAUAAACUGUAUUUAAUGUAAAAAUAAUAGUGUUAAGUGACUUUUUUGUUGUUAUACUGGAUAAUAUUUAUAAAUUUAUUAAACAAAGAUUGAUUAAAUUUGAAUUCACAGAUACUAGAAAUACUUCAAACAGAAAACUUAGGAAACUUUAAAAAAUAUUAAACAAUGCACACAUAAAUAAGAUUGAUUUCAAUUUUAUAUUUCAAUUUAUUUAAUCAACUGAUUAAAUUAGCAGAAUUGA